AUGCGCUUUGGUCAAGUCCUCCCGCCCGUCCGCAUCUGCAGCACUGUGCAACGUGCGAGAUCUGGGGGGAGGAGGAGGAAGAAGGGGAGGAAGAAAAGUCAAGCUACCGCGAGCCGCGAUGCGUCCAUGUGCCUUGCAUUUUUGGCAUUUGUGUGCGGCGUGCAGCGUGCGACGUGCCUGCCUUCACUUGGAGAAGCAUUUUGGCGUGGGUUCCAGCCAGUCGCGUGCCUCUCCUUUCGCGUGCCCUUCACCAAACAGCCGCUCUCCCCCAUACCCAACCAUAAACUCGACACAAGCCUCUGCAAUGGAAGUCUGCUAAAGCCAGCAGUCUGUGCGCCAAGCUUCGACCCCCAAAAGAGACCCUCAAACAUAGAUAUCCGUAGUACGGGAGAGCUUCUGCUCACCUCGAAAGUGCCUGCAGCGUGCCCUGCCGUGCCUGCUUAUCUUUACCACGACCGGAGCCAGAAAUGGAAAGAAGCAGUUCCACCACGGUUCCACCCCGCCGCCCCCUUUUUUGGCUUCCUUCCCGCCCAACUGACUGAGAUCUGGCCCCCCAUUCUCGUCGCCAUCUGUGGUCAUUGGUUAGCACGUUACCAGGUAGGUUCGGAGUACUGUGUUGAAGACUGGAGUCACUGGUAA